GGACGCAGUGUACCCUGGGUCCGCCUUUUCCUCUCAUCCUCGCGUCCAAGAUGGCGGAGUACGACUUGACGAUCCGCAUCGCCCACUUCUUGGACCGGCACUUGGUCUUCCCGCUUCUUGAGUUCCUUUCCGCCAAGAAGAUAUACAAUGAAAAGGAACUGCUUCAAGGAAAAUUGGAUCUCCUUAGUGACACCAAAAUGGUAGACUUUGCUAUGGAUGUCUAUAAAAACCUUUAUUCUGAUGAUAUUCCUCAUGCUUUACGUGAGAAGAGAACCACCGUUGUAGCACAGCUUAUGCAGCUUCAGGCAGAAACUGACCCAAUUGUUAAGAUAUUUGAGGACCAAGAAACUACACGGCAAAUGCAGUCUACUAGGGAUGGUCGGAUGCUGUUUGACUACUUAGCAGAAACACAUGGUUUUAGGCAGGAGUAUCUAGACACACUCUACAGAUAUGCAAAAUUCCAGUACGAAUGUGGCAACUAUUCAGGAGCAGCAGAAUACCUGUACUUUUUUAGAGUGUUGGUUCCAUCAACAGAUAGAAAUGCUUUGAAUUCACUGUGGGGAAAGCUGGCAUCUGAAAUUCUGAUGGAGAACUGGGAUGCUGCCAUGGAGGACCUUACACGAUUGAAAGAGACAAUUGAUAAUAAUUCCGUCAGCUCUCCACUCCAGUCACUUCAGCAGAGAACAUGGCUCAUUCACUGGUCUCUCUUUGUUUUCUUCAACCAUCCAAAAGGCAGAGAUAACAUCAUUGAUCUCUUUCUCUAUCAGCCUCAGUACCUUAAUGCAAUUCAGACAAUGUGUCCACAUAUUCUUCGAUACCUGACUACAGCAGUGAUAACAAACAAAGACGUUCGGAAACGUAGGCAAGUUUUGAAAGACUUGGUCAAGGUUAUUCAGCAGGAAUCUUAUACCUACAAGGAUCCAAUAACAGAAUUUGUAGAAUGUCUAUAUGUAAACUUUGACUUUGAUGGCGCUCAGAAAAAGUUAAGAGAAUGUGAAUUGGUUCUUGUAAAUGACUUUUUCCUGGUGGCCUGUCUUGAAGACUUCAUUGAGAAUGCUCGCCUCUUUAUAUUUGAGACUUUCUGUCGUAUCCAUCAAUGCAUCAGCAUAAAUAUGUUGGCAGAUAAAUUAAAUAUGACCCCUGAAGAAGCUGAACGAUGGAUUGUGAAUUUAAUCAGGAAUGCAAGGCUGGAUGCCAAGAUAGAUUCAAAAUUGGGUCAUGUUGUUAUGGGGAACAAUGCAGUAUCACCUUAUCAGCAAGUGAUUGAGAAGACCAAAAGCUUGUCUUUCCGAAGUCAAAUGUUAGCUAUGAAUAUAGAGAAAAAACUGAAUCAAGGGAGUAGAGCUGAGGCACCUAACUGGGCUACUCAAGACUCUGGCUUCUACUGAACUACUUUUGCAAAAGAAAGAAGGCAUCUAUUUGAUAAGAACUUCAAUUAUAUACUGUUUUGAAGAGUUAACAAUUAUGUGAGCUUCACAGCACAUGAUGAUUUGAAUAAAAUUGGCUACUUUUAAUUGA